GCCACUGGGCGACGCGCGCAAGCCUUGUCAUACCCUCCAUGACAGCUCACGCAGCACCUCUUCCCUAGCUGCAUUUAUCCUCUUAACUUGCUUGCCGCUGCUGCUCUCUCCUCUUACCCCUCUCAUCUCAUCGCUCAUCCCUCUUCUCUUGUCGCUUGCUUCUAUCCCCUUUGAGUCCUGAUCUGCAAGAGCUUCAGAGCUUAUCAAGAGCUACCUAGCUGUGCCUAUCAUGUCUUCCGCCGUGUCUGCUGAAACGCCCACCAAGCCCAACAUUGGCGUCUACACGAACCCGGAGCACCACCUCUGGGUCGCCGAGGCCCAUCCGAGCUUGGAUGAUGUGAAGAAGGGCGAGGGCCUCAAGGAGGGAGAGGUCACUGUUGCGGUCAAGAGCACUGGCAUUUGCGGCUCCGACGUCCACUUCUGGCAUGCCGGCUGCAUCGGUCCCAUGAUUGUCAAGGACACGCACAUCCUCGGCCACGAGUCCGCAGGCACCGUGAUCGCGACCUCGCCAACAGUGACGCACCUGAAGCCGGGCGACCACGUAGCCAUUGAGCCCAACAUCCCCUGCCACAAGUGCGAGCCCUGCCUUACAGGACGGUACAACGGGUGCGAAAACGUGGACUUUCUGUCGACACCUCCGGUGCCGGGUCUGCUCCGCCGCUACGUCAACCACCCAGCCAUGUGGUGCCACAAGAUCCCGCAAGACAUGAGCUUUGAAGACGGGUCGAUGCUGGAGCCGCUGAGUGUUGCUCUGGCAGGGAUCCAGCGUGCGCACGUGCAGCUCGGCGACCCGGUGCUGGUGUGCGGCGCUGGGCCUAUUGGGCUCGUGACGCUGCUGUGCUGCAAGGCAGCGGGGGCGGAGCCGCUAUGCAUCACGGACAUUGACGAGGGGCGACUGAAGUUCGCCGAGGAGCUGGUACCAGGCGUACGCACGCACAAGGUUGAGUUCGGGCACAGCGCCGAGGACUUUGCGAGUCUGGUGCGCGGCAAGAUGGACGACAACGAAGCGGCCGUCGUGCUCGAGUGCACCGGCGUCGAGAGCAGCAUUGCGGGCGCGAUCCAGGCCACCAAGUUCGGCGGCAAGGUCUUCGUCAUUGGCGUCGGUAAGAGCGAGAUGAAGAUCCCGUUUAUGCGCCUCAGUACCCGUGAGGUCGACUUGCAGUUCCAGUACCGCUACGCCAACACGUGGCCGCGCGCUAUUCGUCUUGUCAAGUCUGGCGUCAUUGACUUGAAGAAGCUGGUCACUCAUCGCUAUAACCUCGAGGAUGCGAUUGAGGCGUUCAAGACGGCCGCUGAUCCCAAGACUGGGGCUAUCAAGGUCCAGAUUCAGAGUUUGGAGCCUUAGGCUAGCCGUGCCUGGUUGAUGAGAGACGAUGGAUGAUGAUUUAUGACGAAAGAGUAGACGGUUGUAUUGGUUGUUGAUAGACUGGUACUUUCGGAAUAUAGAACUUCUCACUGCG